AUGGAAGCUACACUGAUAAUUUCUUCGCCGGCGGCUUCGAUUUCACCACUCCGAUUCCAUCCAUUGGUGCUUACACAAAAAACAUCCUCGGGAACGCAGAAGAAUAAUAAGAAGACGAUGAGCGUCUCUGCUGCCGCGUCUUCUGGGAAAGACCAUUACUACGGCGGAGGAAGGUUAGUGGACGAGAACAUGAUCGUCCUGAGGAGAAGGAUCCACGAGACGAAGAUGGUGGAGAGAAACUACGAGCCUCCUUCUCACUGGAUGGAUUGGGAGAAGCGUUUCUACAGCAGCUACGACUCUGUUAUCUGCGAUUCCGUUGGUCUUCUCCAGAGUUUCCUCAUGAAUUCUCGCCCCACCGUCGCAAUCGCAACGCUGAUUCUCCUCCUCGUCAGCGUUCCCGUUUCCUCCUCCGUUUUCGCGUUUCGCCUUCUUGACUUCCUUCAUUGGGUUCUCGCCGCCGCAACAUCAGGCCACAUGAGCUGA